AUGGGAUGCGCCGCGGCGGGGCUCGCCCUGUCCGCGGCCGACUCCAGCCUGCUGGAGCUGGGGGCCUGCGCCCAUGCUGAUCAGGUGGCGGCCCUGCGCACGGCGUCGCAGCGUCUGCUUCUGGCCGCCUCCGCGCAGGUGCUCGCGGCCACCAUAGGCGUCCUCGUGCCGGCGCGGCCGGUCGCCUUCUUCGCCUACAUCGUGGGAUGGCUCACCGCCGGACCCGCCACCGACGUCCUCUGGAUGCUCGUCGCCUGA